UUAUCCAAUGAGAGGUCACCGUAUUCGAAGUCCGUGAAAAUUCUGGUUGCGUUUAGGUUAUGACGCCCCGGAUGAAGUAAAGCAAUUUUAUAAUUUGUCUAAACUUCUUGAAAAGUUUGUUCUAGCUUUUCCAAUAUGCCAAUAUUGAGGGGCUCACCAAGAACUGUAUCAGUAGUGAAAGAGAAAGAACCUAAACAGUCCUCAGAAACCAAAAGAGAAACUAGGUCUUCUAAAUCGCCAGCUGCAUGUGCAUCUUCAAGGUUGAAGGAUUUCAAAACUUCCACCAAGCUGAGCCGAGCUGAAAUAAGAUCAUCAGCUGCAGCCAGAUUGUCUCAAAGAAAUCAGAAAAAGGCAGAAAAAGAAGGGAAAUCCUCAGACGUAGAGCAUGGAGGAGAGAGAGACAGUAAAACUAAAAACCCCUUAUCCAUUAAGCAGGGUAGUAGCAGUUCCACAAAAUCAAGUGGUACCCCGUGCUCAGAUUCCCAGGUGGAGACACACUUAGAUGAAUCAUGUGAGAAGAACUCGUCUUUAAAAGAAGAUCAUGAAAAUUGUAAGAAGAAAAGGCAGAAAUUCUCACAAGAACACGGCAGUGGAAAGUCCGAUGAGGAGCGAAUUGAAGAUAAAGGUGAAGGUCACAGGAAAAGGAAGCAGAGCCUGGAGAAGGUCAAAUCAGAGAAUGAUAAGUACAGGCCUACGAAGAAGAGAAAGAAACUCACCAUCUUUGAGUACGUUGUGGAGGAAGUCCCUUCAAACACACAAAAAGAAAGUGAAAGUGAGGCAGCCGAUGAGGAGACAGGGGGAAGAAGACGAAGUAAGAGGGCAUCAAUACCCAACACAAUGUACUACAAAAACUUCAUCGACCCAUCCCAGAAGAUUCCUAAAUUGUCUAAUUUGGAGGAGAGCAUCAUAGGUUCCAACAAAUCCGGCAACAAGGACAAAGAACAAGCUGAAACAAGAGCAAAGAAAUCCGCUGCGAGGCCUCAGAAGGGGGGGAAAUUCGAGGCCAAUCGUACUGAAAAGUUAGAGGUGAUUAAAUGGGAGAUGGACGAGUCUGGCUUAGUGUUAAAUAGAACAGUACACACAGAGAACUCAGCUGAGGAGAGAGAAAGUGAAGAGGAGUCUACCGACACAACGGAUCAAACCGACGCAGGGCAAACCACACACUCUAAAGCUUUAGCUGGAAAAGAGGACGAUGGCUCAAAGAAUCGAGAUCGUGAGACGGUAGAACUGGGCCCAACAGAACAGACAGUUUCUGAUAAUCGGUCUUAUAGUGUGGUGGAUAGCAGUUAUUUCAUGGCAAAAAGCUCUGUUGUUAGAUCACAAAUAUUAUUCCCAAAAGCUGACUUGAUUCCACAGGAAAACUGUGCAGAAAGUAAAACAGAAAAAUCAUCAGAGAAACAAGUGAAAGAAAAUCUUGGUAAAGGAACAAGCAGAAGUGAGAAACGCACAGAUUUAGACAUAACAGAAAUGUCAGUUGUGUACGUGGACAGAAAUGGAAACAUAGGGACAAAUGACAGCACACAACUCGGUAGCCGUAAUCAUGAGGCUGAUAAUUGUGAAAUUUCAACUGAAGCUAUAAUCGAGGGUUCCUCGGACACUUGUAUAGAAAUACAGGGAGUAACAGAAGAGGUAAACAUCAGUGACAUUUCAGGGGGCGAUCAGACCUCAGAGGAUGUUUAUACAAUAGGGAGGGGAGCUCUCUCAAGAGAAAGACCAGGACGGAUCUGUAGGCAGGAAACGGAGGAAAUGGAAGAGGCUGAAAACCAAAUGACAGGGAUCGAAACCCAGAAAGAAAAAAAUGCAGGUACUCCAAACGUUCUCCAGAACUCAGAAGAAGGCACAAAAAAGUCCCAAGGAACAGUGACAGUACAGAUCAUAAACUCCAAAGCUAAGAAAGUGCAGAUGUUUGAUAUGUCAGUCCAGGCAGAUGAUCUCAGCGAGAAUGAAGAGGAACCAGAGUCUAGUCAGCAGUCAGAUGAGUCAUCGACUGAGAUACAAAAGAGUUCCACCGUCAUCUCAAUGCCAGAUGGAAGGUCAGUCACUGUCGCGUCCGCUGACAAACCACCCUUCACCUUCCGAACAGUCUCCAAAACAGACAUAUCCAAACAGGCUUCAUCCACUGGUGCUUCGGAUGUCAAGAGAAUCACAUUGCCUUCAGGGGCCACUGGUCUGAAAAUUCUGAAAGGCAUGCCCCAGGGAGCCCUGGUGAAGUUUAAACCAGCGGUUAUCUCCCUUGAUGGGGAGGUGAUUUCAGAGGAUGUGUCAUUAGACGAUGUCCAGAAAACUCAGGAGGCCUGGAAUGCCGUGUACAAGUCCAGCCAAGUAGAUAACCAGGAGAUCAUUCUUGUCUCUCUCCCCGAGGGGCAGGAAUUGAAGGAGAAACUUCCCUUCAAACAAAAGAAACCAGAUGAAGUUGCAUAUGAGAUGAAUGAGGAAGGGGAAUUUGUUUGUGGAGUGUGUAACUACAAAACCAGCCGAAAAAGUAAUUGGUAUAAACACCGCAAAAAGCAUAUGGGCCGUAAGACCCAUAAAUGUGAGUUGUGUGACUAUGUGGCUGCUACGAGUAGUAACUUAAAGCGUCAUCAGAAUAUUCAUCUGGACGUCAGAGAACACCAGUGUAAUCAGUGUGGCCAGACAUUCCGACAGAAAAUCCAUCUGGAGCGACACAUUAAAUACAAACACGAGGAAAAGGCAGUAAAAUGUCCCCUGUGUGACUAUGUGUGUGCCAAUGAGAAUCCCGACCUGAAAGUUCACAUCAAGAGACGUCACAUUCCAGUAGAAGACGACGAGGCUAAGGAGGCCAAGAGCUACACAUGUGCCGAGUGUGGACUUAUGACCUACAGCAAGAGAGACAUGAGGCAGCACAUGAAGUUCCACAAGUCAGGCCCCGAGCUCAAGCUGUUCUGUGAGCAGUGUAGUUUUGUGACGGACUGCGAGAGUCGACUGAGGAGACACGUUCUGAUUCACUCCAAUGAACGUCCCUAUCAGUGCGGACUUUGUGAUUAUCGCGGCUCCCAGAAGGAACAUGUGUUGCGUCACAUGAAGACCCAGCACCACAUAGCCGUGGAGAGGAGGUCCUCAAGGAAAGGCCCCGAUAUGGAGGAUUCCGAUUCCAAAGACAGCUCCUCUGUUGAUAAACAGCAAGAUAAAUCUGACUACAGCAGUCAGGAGAAGAUAUUUGCCUGUAAUCAUUGCUCCAUGAAGUUUUCUAAAUUAAUCAAUCUUUACAAACACUUGCAUGGGCAGCAUAAGGAUGUCCUUCCACAGGAUUCAGAAGAGUUUCUGUGUGUUGUAUGUGACUUCCGAACCUCCAGCAAGAAAAAUCUCCUUGUUCACAUGCGUAAACACAACCUUAUCGACCAAGUGCCUCCUUCUCACGUGUACUCCUGUGUUCUCUGUCGAUACAUGAACCCGCGGCGACGCAAUCUCUUCCAACACAUGAAAAAGAAGCACAAUAUUGAAAUCGUCAUCCGUGAUGAUGGGUCCACAAGUUGUUUUGUGACCGAGAGCCUUCCAGCAAGCGAGGAUUCUGUAAGUAAUAUGUUAACAGUGGGAGACAUUGUCACCGCGGAAACGGAAGAAUCGUCAGAAUUACAAAUAGUAACCGACAACUCUAAUUCAACACAGAGUGUAAUCAGCAUAGAGGACCUGGCGUAUGCUGUGUCCCACCCUAAACCAAACACUCGAUUACUCAAAGAAGGUACAAUGAAACCAAGAAUUGCUACAGUGGUGAAAGAGCACGAGGCAGCAGAGGCCAUUGAGGGACUUCAGGCACUGGCGGGCCAGCGAGGAAUAGCUCACUUUACACUGGACCCUCACAAGUCAGACAGCAUGGAGACAGAGGUUAUCACAAUGGAGAACCCAGGAGAGAUUAUGGAAGAUAGAGAUGCAGAAAAAGAACCAGGUUAUCAACUGAGUCAUGACCAGCUGAUGAAUCUGUCGACAGGAGACUUUGUAGAAAUCAAUGGAGAAAUGUAUAAAGUGGAGAUCAGCUCAGAAGAAAACCCGAGCUCUAGUCAAAUAGAUAGCGUCCAGGCAGGUAUAACACAGGCAGAUGUUGGUUUAUCUGAGGUGGCUAAUGGCACAAGUCAUGUAACGAUGUCUGAUGUCGGUAAUGGCCAUUUAGAAGUUUCCCUUGUGAAAGAAACUCCUUCAACAGAACACCAAAUACUCAAUCCCCAAAGCAAUUCUUCAGGAGCAACUGUAGCAGUUACUCAGCCUAGUGAUAUCCAAAUGGAAGUUACCCAGUUACAUAAAUCAGAGGGUGAACUUAAGGAUCCAAAUCGGGUAGAAUUUCCAGAAACUAAAGCUGAAUCUAUGGAACGUACAGCAGAAAUUCCAAUCACGGAGACUUGCAUACAACCAGAAACCAGUGAAGGAGACUUGACAGACAGGGACCAGGGCAUGACAACAAUUGAGGAAGUGUUCAUGCAUGUCGAGUCGGGCAAUAUAAUAGGCUCAGGACACGCUCCAUCGAGUCAGUCUAUGUCAUCGGAGAGAAUCAUCACUUCAGAGAUUCUGGGGAUUCAACAAAGCGAUCCCAUUGAUGCACCCCAAGGAACCUUCAGCUCCAUUGAUCAGGAGGGAGUCAAUAAUGCAGAGAGUAAUAAAGUAGACGAUGCUGCAGCUGACCAGAUCACGGAGAGUUCUGUCAUAGCGGAGUUCUCAAGCACUCUUUCUGAACUUCCUGGUGAAAACAACAGUAGUCAAAUCACAGAAUCAGUCUUAGCUGAAAAUACACACACAGAAAACUCACAAGACGCUAUAGCCGAGUUCUCAAGCACUCUCUCUGAAGGUCCUGGUGAAAACAGCAGUAGUCAAAUUACAGAAUCAGUCUUAGCUGAAAAUACACACCCAGAAAACUCACAAGAGGUCAUAGCCGAGUUCUCAAGCAAUCUCUCUGAAGGUCCUGGUGAAAACAGCAGUCAAAUUACUGAAUCAGUCUUUGCUGAAAAUACACACCCAGAAAACUCACAAGAAACCAUAGCCGAGUUCUCAAGCACUCUCUCUGAAGGUCCUGGUGAAAACAGCAGUAGCCAAAUUACAGAAUCAGUGUUUGCUGAAAAUGCGCACCCAGAAAAUUCACAACAGAUGUCCAUGGAGAUAGGGAACCCUGAAGCAUUGGAAUCAUCCAGCUGAUCAAAGGACUGCUUCUGACUGAGCUGGAAAAACUAAUGUGUAAAUGCUUUAUAUUAUGUAUUUCUUCACCAUUU